UCGACAUCAUCACCAUGGAAAAGCCGUGCCUUUGCACCGAGGAGAGGUCCUCGCAGCCUCAUGAGUUGAUUCUCUUCACGAGGAAGAAGAAGAGACCACCACCACCACUACGAAGAAGAAGAAGAAGAAGAAGAAGAAGACGAAGAAUAUGUAGAAUAUGAGGACGCAGAAGAAGAAAUGGGCGAGGAUGAGGAAGAUUGUCAAGUUUGUAUUGUAUUGCUUUGCUUUUUUUCCAAGAACGAUUCCUUCGCAUGAAUCGUGAUGGGAGGCUGCUGCUGCUGCUGACGCAGUGUUCUUGGCUUUUAUUCGCAAAUAAACACUUGCCCCUCCUCCAUUCCGCAGCUUCCGUCGUGCGGAGAUUCAGUCAAAACAACGGACAUUGGAUUCCGAACUUUGUGACUUUUGUGGGUGCGAGGGAGCUGCCGUUUUUGGGAGCUCUGGACUUGCUGGGUUGGGUCAACACUGGUUUCUGAUCAUGAGCUACUUCUGUAUCCAUCUGGGAUUAUCGCAGUUUUUCCGCUCUACGACAGUUGGUGUGGUGGAAUUUGACUGGAUUUUUGUUUAUAUUUAUUUAUUUUUAACUUUGAUUUUUUACCGGUUUCUAAGGUUUGGCGUUUCCUGGCGACCUGCAUAGAAAGGUCGACCACGAUUGGGCGCUUUCGGUUUGUUGUGGGAACGGAAGAGAUCCCUUCUCUUGGACGAUACCCUAAUUCUGUUUGUUCUCUUCGUGGAGUCGUUAGGGCGUUCCAAUGGGGGGAUUGUCAUAAAAGAUGUGAGCAUCCCCAUUCACAAGCAAACUGUUGAGGGAUUGAUUGUCCACUUCGGCAAAGUCACACCAAUCUCCGAUCAAGGAAUGUGGGCAACACGACGGUUUGUGUUGAGUUUGACAUCGUUUUUGCUCUGAUGAACUGGGUGGUUUCCCCUUCACACACGAAACGAAUUGAUGGCUGUGUAUGAACGAUCGAAAGCUCAGAAUUCUAAGCUAUUAUGAUUCGUUCCACAUCUUGCCGGGAAUCACGAAUUUGCACGUGGGGUCUGCGCGGAGGAAGACUCGGAAGGCGGUGGAUGUCCCCGCGCAUGAUACUGGACCCCUCUUGUUGCUCUCCUUGCUUUCGACUUUGUGAAUUUCAAAGGAUUCCUCUAAGUCUCGUGGUAGCGAGAGAGUAAGCUGCAUACCGAGCAUUUUAGCUUUGUUUGGCAACCUGACUGGGUAAGAUAUUAGAGUGUUGCUCUUUUACAGCCAUGGGUGAAAUCUUUGAUGGCUACGAGAGGCAGUAUUGCGAGCUCUCCACAAAUCUCAACAAAAAGUGCAAUUCAAUCAGUUCCAAUGAAGUAGAAAAGAAGCAGAAGUUUGAUGAUCUCACAAAAGGAUUGGACCUGGCUGAGUCCCUGAUAAAGAGAAUGGAUCUAGAAGCGCGAACUUUACCUCCCGCACAGAAAGCAACACUUCUUGCCAAGUUACGAGAGUACAAGUCGGACUUAAAUGUGUUGAAGCGCGAAGCUAAAAAAAUCUUGGCCUCGAACGAUCCUUUUUCAGCCAGGGAUGAGCUGCUAAAUCCUGGUCUUGUCGGCCGUCAUUUAGGGCCAGGAUUGGAUCAAAGAGACAGAUUGAUGAUGGCAACCGACAGAAUGAACCAAACUGGUGAACGAAUCAAAGAGAGCAGACGACAGCUUAAUGAAACGGAGGAGGUGGGCGUAAAUAUUCUUCAAGAUCUUCAACUCCAGCACCAGACGCUUCUUCACACUCAACACACUAUUCAUGGAGUGGCCGAUGGCAUAGCAAAGAGUAGGCGUUUACUGAGUUCUUUAUCCCAGCGUUUUGAACGUCACAAGUAUAUAAUGGGGGGCAUCAUAGCAGUUUGCCUUCUCGCAAUUCUGUUCAUCAUGCACGUAAAAUCUGGCCAUUAGAUCAAACUUGCAGACUCUACGACCAGAAGGCAAAUCUCGAAGCACUGUUGCACUCAUUAAAGCCGGAAGGAUGGGAACUCAUGAGCUUCACAAUUGUUGCAUAAAAAAAAUCUUCAGCAGGCGUGGGUUCACGACCAAGACUCAUCCUCUUCGGAACUGGGUCAGGAUUUCACAAUUUUUGUCCAUCCGGAUCCCAGCAGCCUGCAUUUCUCCCAGAAGGACAACUGCACCAGUCCUGUUUGUCUGAUUUUGUUCACCGUUUGUGACUCGUUGCAACCUGAAAGCUUUCGUCCAUUGCGGAGUGUGUCACAAUGAGGAUUGGUCUAUGAUUCAAUAUAUAUAUAUAUAUAUAUAUAUAGAUAGAUAGAUAGAUACACAUUUAUAUGCUUGUGUAUAUAUGUAUAUGUAUAUAUAAACAAUCAUCAGAGAGGCAUUAAGAGGAAGAGAUCUUUAGGAAGCUAAAAUUUGGUGGAAGAGGUCGAGCCCAAAAGAAUUUUGUGUUCAGUUGUACAAGUUUGGAAUCGAUGAUUCUACUGCAAUUUGGGGUUCUUAGCCUUCUAUGCAAU